CGGCGGGCUGGCGGUCGGCGACGUAGCACCGCGCUCGGAACUGACCUACUAACACACAUCUCCCGGCGCGGCCACGGCGCCCGCGGACCCGGCGCGCCGCCCGCCUCCCGCGCCGCGCCCUCGCCUCCGCCUGCCGCCCCGGAGGCCCGGCCGGACCCUGAUCCCCGAACGCCGCCGGCUUCGCUCACGGCCCCCGUUCUUUCUCCCCGCCACCCCAGCUCGCCGCCCUGAGAGCAGGAACACGGUAACCUAGAAGACCCCUACUCCGUUCAGUGAGAGGAGCCCAAGAGCUUUAUCCUGGAUGGUAGAACAAAAAGAAGAAGAAUAUUGAUGGAUUUUAAACCGCAGUUUUUAAAGCAUUUGAGAAUACUGAGGAAAUAACUUCUUCUCCUGCACCGCAUAUAUAGGUUAAGGUUGUUUCUGAUGCAGCUGAGAAAAAUGCAGAGCAUCAAGAAGGAGCAGGCAUCUCUUGAUGCUGGUAGCAGCGUGGACAAGAUGAUGGUGCUUAAUUCUGCCUUAUCCGAAGUCUCCGAAGACUUGACGACAGGGGAAGAGCUCCUUCUCAAUGAAGGAAGUGUGGGGAAAAACAAAUCUUCAGCAUGUCGGAGGAAACGGGAAUUCAUUCCCGACGAGAAGAAGGAUGCCAUGUAUUGGGAAAAGAGGCGGAAAAAUAACGAAGCUGCCAAGAGGUCUCGGGAGAAGCGUCGACUGAAUGACCUGGUUUUGGAGAACAAACUCAUUGCACUGGGAGAAGAAAACGCCACUUUAAAAGCUGAACUGCUUUCCCUAAAAUUAAAGUUUGGUUUAAUUAGCUCGACAGCCUACGCCCAGGAGAUUCAGAAACUCAGUAAUUCUACAGCUGUGUAUUUUCAAGACUAUCAGACUUCCAAAUCCACCGUGAGCGCCUUUGUGGAUGAGCACGAGCCCUCGAUGGUGGCCAGCAGUUGCAUUUCUGUCAUCAAGCACUCUCCACAGAGCUCUCUGUCUGAUGUUUCGGAAGUGUCUUCGCUAGAACAUUCGCAGGAGGGCCCUGGGCAGAGUGGCUGCAGAAGCCCAGAAAGCAAGUUCCAGGUCAUCAAGCAAGAGCCGAUGGAACUGGAGAGCUAUGCCAGGGAGCCCAGAGAUGACCCGGGCGCCUACCGAGCGGCCGUGUAUCAGAACUAUAUGGGGAGUUCUUUUCCUGGCUACUCACACUCUCCCCCUCUGCUGCAGGUCAACCGAUCCUCCAGUAACUCUCCAAGGACAUCAGAAACCGAUGAAGGUGCAGUAGGAAAGUCAUCCGAUGGAGAAGAUGAGCAGCAGGUUCCCAAGGGCCCAAUCCACUCUCCCGUCGAACUUCAGCGUGUCCACGCCACAGUGGUUAAGGUUCCAGAAGUGAACUCCUCUGCCUUGCCACACAAGCUUCGGAUUAAAGCCAAAGCCAUGCAGAUAAAAGUGGAAGCCUUCGAUCACGAAUUUGAUGGCACGCAAAAACUUUCUUCGCCUGUUGACAUGACGUCUAAGAGACAUUUCGAACUUGAGAAGCAUAAUGCCCCCAAUCUGGUACAUUCUUCUCUCACUCCCUUUUCAGUGCAAGUGACUAACAUUCAAGAUUGGUCUCUCAAAUCCGAACACUGGCAUCAAAAAGAACUUAAUGGCAAAACUCAGAAUAGUUACAAAACUGGAGUGGUCGAAGUGAAAGACAAUGGUUACAAAGUCUCUGACCCAGAGAAUUUGUUUUUGAAGCAGGGGAUAGCCAACUUGUCUGCAGAGGUGGUCUCACUUAAAAGACUUAUAGCCACACACCAAAUCUCUGCUUCGGACUCUGGGUAAAAUUACUACUGAACAAGCUCUGGGCAUUUAGAGAUGUCAUUUGCAAUAGAUAGUACAUUUUGUAUUAGGCUGAAUUUUCACUGGACUUGUGAUGUCAUUUCACUGUAAUGUUCACAUGUUGACUGUUGGGUGUCUUUCUGUGCACAAAUUAUUAUGAAGAUUAGACUGUGUUAUCACUCUGCCUUGUGUAUAGUCAAAUAGUCCAUUGCAAAGGCUGUAUAUAUUGAACAUUAUUUUUGUUGUUCUAUUAUAAAGUGUGUAAGUUACCAGUUUCAAUAAAGGAUUGGUGACAAACACAGAA